AAUGAUUCAAAUGUUUUAUAUUGUUGGAUUUGUGAUUCAUCAAUCGAUUACGAAUGUUUAAAUAAAAUUCCACAUGGUUUACCAACAAAUUCAAUAUCAUCAAAUAUACGAAAAUAUUUUCAACCAUGUAAUUGGUCAGUGAAUAUUGUUAAUUAUCAAUGUUUAACAAUUUAUCCAUCAUUAAAAGAUCAUAAAAAACAAAUCAUACGAAAAUGUGGUUAUGAUGAUUAUCAUUUUUCUUGUUAUCAAAAUCAAUCGGAAUUAAUUUGUCCAUGUGAUUAUAAUGGAUGUAAUGGAUCGACAACAAUAAAAUCAUUUAGUUUUUUUCAAAUUGUAUUUAUAUUUUACAUUAUUUAUAAUAUCUUUUUCUUUUUGUAAAAAUUUAAAAUUCACAACAACA